CGGCAGGUUUGUGCCGGAGCAGUGCUGGAGUCGCAGCCGUGCAGUGCCGUCGCGUCUGUGGUGCUCGGCUGGCCCCAGGACCUGGCUGGGACAGCAGCUGCCCUCCCCAGCUCUACCUGCCCCUGCCUAACCCUGCCUGUUCCCUCCCCAGCUCCGGCGCUCGGGAGUGGCGGCAGCCCCGGAGGAUGGCCUCCUGCCCAUGCCUUUGAAGUUUCGCGCAAGGACGACUGCUGCAGGGACACAUGGCUACGGCUAGCAAGGGCAGCAAGGCGAAAGGUGGGGGCGUGCGCUUCGCCCCCAGCCAGCCCACCGAGGGGACCCACGGCCACGUGCACUUCGAUGAGAAGCUCCACGACUCGGUGGUGAUGGUGAUGCAGGAGAAGGAUGGCAGCUUCCUUGUCAAGGUGGGAUUCCUGAAGAUCCUCCACAAGUAUGAGAUCACAUUCCUCCUGCCCUUGGUGCAGAGGCUGGGGAAGGACGUCUGUGCCGUGCCUCUCCCCAACCUCAACCUCCGAGUCAUCAGUGUCACCCCCCUACCAGAAGGCUACAGCGUGAAGUGCGAGUACACGGCGCACAAGGAGGGGGUCCUGAAGGAGGAGAUGGUCCUGACCAGCGAGGCCGGUGAAGGCGCCUGUGUCAAGGUGGUGGUACAAGCCCGCGUCAUGGACCGGCACCACGGCACGCCGAUGCUCCUGGAUGGGGUGCGCUGCAUCGGCGCGGAGCUGGAGUACGACUCGGAGCAGAGUGACUGGCAUGGCUUUGACUAGCCCCCGCCCCGGCCCUCCACUGCUGCCUGCGUGGCUCCCAAGGACGAAGCUCAAAUUUAUAAAAGAAGAAACCCACCCAACCCCCGCCCCACCCCGGGGGCUGCAGCUCUGUGGCCACCACGGAGCUGGGGGUGAGCUGCUGCGUCCCCCCUCCCCAGCUGCCAUCGCCACAGCAGCACGCCUGCCCUCUCCAUUGUGGGGUCGGGAGGUCCCUGAAGUGCAGGAGGGGCUCCCCAAAUGCUGCAGCAUUUCUGUCCGGAGCCUCAGGGAGGGAUCCCGCUUGCUGCCUCCAGCUGCUGUUGCUUUCCCCUCUCUUUUCUCCCCUAUCCUCCCCGGGAGAGCUGGCAUUUGGGGAUGGCGGAGCCCCAGCUGAGCCCCCCCUCCACCCCGGGGUGAAAUUUUGCCUCCUGGGAUUUGGAGCUGAGCUGGGAUGUGGGUCAGGGCAGGAUCCAGCAGCGGGAAGGAGGCUGGGAAGCCGGGUACCCGGUAGCUCCAGGACUGGUGCCAGCGUCCCUGUGGCAGUGCUCAUCCCCAUGGCCAUGCCCAUCCACCUCCUCAUGUCACAGCCAUUGCCUUAGUCUCCUUCCGUUUUUCUGUUUUUCCUUAUUUUUUUU